UUUAUUUGCACCCGUGACGGAUGAAAAGUUUUGAUCGCCCUCGUCGGACGUAAUUUAUCUUAUUAAACCCAAAACAAAUUUUCGCGUGCCGGACAUCGUAAAUCGUGUGUGGGAGACACCAAGAUUUAUCAUGAUGGUCAUCCGGGAUACAGAUGUUGCGACAUUUAUUUUAUUAAUUAUGUCAUCAAGAGGCCAGAGAAUUUUUUCGAAAUCGAGACGUUCUUGCUGCACCGGAAGGUCGAGUUUCUACGAUUGGACAGCAAUAAAAAUCAGCUUGGACCAGAUGCGAUACCCUGGUAAUGAAUCGUCUAAUUGACUGUAAAAAAGACAUGUUUGUCGAGGAAAUUGAUAAUUAAAAGAGGUUUUAUGAGCUGUUUAAAUCGGAUGUCUGCUUCAAAUGGAAAUUAUGAUUUAGCGAGUUCGCAUGCCAUGUGAGCACCCUUCCAGCAGUGCCAUGUUCAGCGCGGUGACUUUUUUUCUCGUAUUAGCGACGGUUUUGUUGCCGACGACCGCGGCUGAUGCGUCCCCUCAACGAGGCAGACAACGAAAAGGUGCCACUUUCCCAUCAUCGCCGUCGAGAGAACGCAAACCCAACAUCGUGCUUAUCCUCACCGACGAUCAGGACGUCGAACUGGGAUCGUUGAAUUUCAUGCCAAAGACAGCGAGGGCUAUACGAGACCAAGGGACAGAGUUCAGGCAUGCCUACGUUACGACACCCAUGUGCUGCCCCUCCAGGUCCUCGCUGCUGACGGGGAUGUACGUCCACAACCACCACGUCUACACCAACAACGACAACUGCUCCAGCACCCAGUGGCAGGCCACCUAUGAGACGCGGUCCUUUGCCACAUACUUGUCCAACGCGGGAUACAGGACAGGCUAUUUCGGAAAAUAUUUGAACAAAUACAAUGGAUCGUACGUGCCGCCAGGUUGGCGCGAAUGGGGUGGUUUAAUAAUGAAUUCGAAGUAUUACAAUUACUCGAUCAAUAUGAAUGGGAAAAAGAUCAAGCACGGCUUCGAUUACCACAAGGACUACUACCCCGACCUGAUCGCCAACGACUCGAUCGCCUUCCUUCGCCAAUCGAAGAAAAACAGCGCUCACAAGCCCGUCAUGCUAACGAUGUCGUUUCCUGCACCGCACGGGCCCGAGGACUCAGCCCCGCAAUACUCGCACCUCUUCUUCAACGUCACCACACAUCAUACCCCUUCGUAUGACUACGCGCCAAACCCGGACAAGCAGUGGAUCCUGCAAGUGACCCAGAAGAUGCAACCCAUCCACAAACAAUUCACUGAUCUUUUGAUGACCAAACGUUUGCAGACGCUCCAGUCUGUGGACGCCGCCGUCCAGCUCAUCGUCGAAGAGCUGCGAGCUUUAGGCGAACUCGACAACACCUACAUCAUCUACACGUCGGACCAUGGAUACCAUCUCGGACAGUUUGGGCUGAUCAAGGGCAAAAGUUUUCCGUUUGAAUUUGAUGUCCGAAUACCGUUUCUGGUCCGCGGGCCAGGUGUGGAACCUGGCACCGUGGUCGACGAUAUAGUACUUAACAUAGAUCUGGCACCGACGUUUCUGGACAUUGCCGGCGUGGAGGCGCCCCCACACAUGGACGGCAGGUCGGUGCUUCCCCUCUUUUUGAACUCGAAGAGGAAGAGGAUGCGAUGGCCGGACACGUUCCUCAUUGAAAGUUCUGGACGUCGGGAAACGCCGUACCUCGACGCUCGGAUUAAGGCCAGGAGGAACUCCACUACGGAAGCCCCCUUGUCGACUUUAGCCCCCGGGGAUUAUUCUAUGGCCACGUCGACGAAAUUCUGGGAAAGUAGUACCGUGACAACGACCAGUCCGAAGAAAGUCUACGAGUCAGGUGAGGAUCUGGCGCUUGAUGACGAAGAUGACGACAAUGAGGAGGAAGAUAUUGACGUCGAUGAAGACGAGAUUGAUGGUGGUUACGAUGUCGAUGACGAUAUUUACGUUUACAGUAACGAGGCAAAUGUUACUAAUAAGAAUCUAAUCCGAGGUGAAGACGAGACGGUUCUAGAAGGGAGGAGUUUACCACCGGCCAAUAAAUUAGAAAGAUUGACGCUGGAAUGUGCCGCCGAUGAAAUGAAAUAUCCUUGUCGGAGGAACCAGAAGUGGUAUUGCAUUAACGAAAACGGGAGGUGGAGGAAACACAAAUGUAAAACACUGCAUGUGCCCUUAGCCGGAAACAAGUUGUUGCGGAAGUGUGCUUGUUUCACUCAGGAGGGAUUGGUUUACAAGACCAUGUUUGAUCGAAACAUAACACGGCGUCAUACGCGCAUCAAACGUGACACUGACCUCACCCACAUCCUCUUCACUCUAAUAGACCCAGACGGAAUGACCUCGCGAGCAAAACGUGACACUCUCGAUCACGUCGAAACCGUGCUGAAAGACGUCCAAGGCAAAAUAAUCGACUUGAAAUCAGUCAACACAUCUCUGAUGCAACCCAACUUGGUCACCAACACGAUUUCGGAAACCUCAGCCGGUUGUAUAAUCAUGAGCAAAGGUCGGGUCAACUGUUCCACCUCGGUGUAUCAAGACCCGAAAUCUUGGAGACAAUCACGCCAUCAGAUAGACAACGAAAUCUACCAACUGAAGCAAAAGCUCGAAAAACUGAAAGAAAUACGCCGCCAUUUGAAGCACACGCGCCCUCUAAUGGGGCAAGCUGACGACGAAGAGGACAAUCAGAAAAACAAAACUGCAAAAUUCGAAUCUCCGGACGUGAACGAACUAAACUUGCACCUAGGACAAGAACCGAAACGAAAACGCAAACCGGUGAAAAUCAACCGAAUUGAGCUAACAACCAGUAGCCCCUACUUCGGUCACGGCAACCACCACCGUCACAAGCACCCAGAUAAUGACGUCACAACGUCGCCUCCAACCCGGAGACCUUCCACCACGACCAAAACCCCCGAAGAUUACGAAAACUGCCACUGCACCCCCGACCCCAGGCCCACCAAAGACCCCAAACACAAAAUCAAGGAGGAACGACUACGUAAAAAGUUGCGUAAGCAGCGUAAACGCGACCAAUUGGAGAAAGAGUGUGCGUCUGAACGCAUGAAUUGCUUCCGUCAUGACAAGGAGCACUGGAAGACCGCUCCGAUGUGGACCGAGGGCCCCUUUUGUUUUUGUAUGAAUGCCAACAACAACACUUAUUCCUGUGUUCGGACGAUCAAUUCAACGCACAAUUUCCUCUACUGUGAAUUCACCACCGGUUUGGUGACUUUUUAUAAUCUGAGGAUCGAUCCGUACGAGUUGCAGAAUCGGAUCGAGCAGUUGAAGCCGGAAGAAAAGUUGUUUCUUCACGAACAGUUGAAGCAUCUGAUGGCCUGUAAGGGCAAGGCAUGCACCGUUAAUCACAACGCGCAUCAGCACCACACCAAAAUUAGGGCCAAUGUGGCGCCGGUUGUGGGGGCGCCACAUAGAUACAAGAAGAGGAAGCUAGUCGAAGAGGGGGGCAGACUGCUUCCGCUCACACAGUCUGAGUUUUCUCCUCGGUGGGAGUACAGUUAUGCCUCAAAAACGCACAAUAAGACGUGGCGCCGCCGCAACCCAUGGAAGUACACCUGGCGUCAGAAUAAGCAGCACGAGAGAACGCGGCAGAAACAGUUCGUCUAUGAUGGGAAUUUUAAGAGAAGCUGGCAUUAGGCGGAAACGGAGGAAAACGUGAACACUAUCAAUAAGAAUAAUCGACUGAAUUUAAAGAAGUAUAUCAUUUAAUGAUGCAUUUAUUGUGAUCUCUAAUUUAUGAUUUCGUUUGUAAAUUAAUUUGUAGGUUUCGAAGCUUAUGCUUUAUAUGUAAUUGUGUAAAAACUAUAGUAAGGUAAUGUUAGGUACCUGCAUACUUCCACUAAACAAACUAGCAAUAUCUCUUUCGGAAUUUCUAUUUAAUAAAGUGAAACGAAGGGCAAUAAGUUAUUUUUGUAACGCGUUACUUUUGUUCACUCUUGACUUGUAUUUCUGUCUAGUCCAAAUCGUUUUGUAUAUAGGUAAUCCUUGUAUUGUUAUAACCUGCUUGGUACAAUUAUUUCAAUCAAUUCCAAACAAUACACGUGUAACAAGGACAAAUAAAACAUAUUAUCAAACA